AGAGAGAGAGGGAGAUGUUAAGAGAGUGUGAAGGGAGGGAGAGAGAGGGCUGAUAGCCAAGGACAGGACACAAGAGGAGGGGUAAAGCAGUGCUGGUGUGUUUUCUCAGGGUCUCGUCAGCACAGCAUUGUGUGCGUCACAGAGAGGUGACAGCAGGCACUACCUGCUGGUCCCAGCUCAGCUGCUGCUGCUACUGGAGGGAAACCACAACUAGAGGGGGAACACUCAACAGGAAGCUGCAGCCAUGGCCAGCCAGCAGGACUCAGGCUUCUUUGAAAUCAGCAUCAAAUCCUUGCUGAAAUCGUGGAGCGGCACCUCGCCUGUGGGGAACGGAUACAGUAAACCCCCCAUCCCUCCAGUCUGCUGUCCUCAGGGAGAGAAGGGUCCCCCAGCCAUGAUGCCCAUCAGCAUCGACCCAGAGAGCAAACCGGGCGAGUACGUCCUCAAGAGCCUGUUCGCCAACUUCACCACCGUGUCAGAGCGCAAGAUUCGCAUCAUCAUGGCUGAGCCACUGGAAAAGCCAUUAACAAAGUCACUGCAGAGGGGAGAAGAUCCUCAGUUUGACCAAUUGAUAAGCACCAUGAGCUCUUUGGCUGAGUACUGUCUCCCCUCCAUCCUGCGUACUUUGUUUGACUGGUACAAAAGACAAAAUGGACUAGAGGAGGAGCUGCACGAGUACCGGCCAAGAUCCAACACCAAGUCCAAAAACGAUGAGCAACAGAGAGAUUAUCUACUUGAAAGGAGGGAUUUGGCCAUUGACUUCAUCUUCUCUCUUGUACUUAUAGACGUUUUGAAACAGAUGCCGCUCCACCCGGUCCUUGACAGUUUGGUCAAUGAAAUCAUUAACUUAGCCUUUAAGCACUUUAGAUACAAAGAGGGGUAUCAUGGUCCUAACACUGGCAACAUGCACACUGUAGCAGACCUCUACGCUGAAAUCAUAGGCGUAUUAGCCCAAUCCAAGUUUCCUGUCGUGAAGAAGAAGUUUAUGACUGAGCUAAAGGAGCUGCGGCAGAAAGAGCAGAGUCCAUAUGUAGUCCAGAGUACUAUUAGCCUCAUCAUGGGGGUCAAGUUCUUCCGAAUUAAGAUGUAUCCUGUUGAAGAUUUUGAAGCCUCUUUUCAGUUCAUGCAGGAGUGCACCCAGUAUUUCCUGGAAGUCAAGGACAAGGACAUUAAGCAUGCCUUGGCUGGUCUCUUUGUUGAAAUUUUGGUUCCUGUUGCAGCAGCCGUGAAAAACGAGGUGAAUGUGCCCUGCCUGAGGAACUUUGUGGACAGCUUGUAUGACACAACCCUGGACUUGUCCUCCAGAAAGAAGCACUCACUGGCGUUUUACCCAUUGGUGACAUGCCUGCUGUGUGUCAGCCAGAAACAGUUCUUCCUCAACAGAUGGCAUGUCUUCCUUAACAACUGUCUCUCAAAUCUGAAGAGCAGAGACCCUAAAAUGGCUCGUGUUGCACUGGAGUCCCUGUAUCGACUGUUGUGGGUCUACAUGAUCAGAAUCAAGUGUGAGAGCAACACUGCAACACAGGGUCGCCUCAACACCAUUGUAACAACACUUUUCCCCAAAGGCUCCCGCAGCGUGGUACCAAGAGACAUGCCUCUCAAUAUCUUUGUCAAAAUCAUCCAAUUUAUUGCACAGGAAAGACUUGAUUUUGCCAUGAAGGAGAUUAUCUUUGACCUUCUUUGUGUUGGGAAACCUGCAAAAGCCUUUAGUCUUAAUCCAGAGAGAAUGAAUAUUGGUCUAAGAGCAUUCCUGGUCAUAGCCGAUAAACUGCAGCAGAAGGACGGCGAGCCUCCCAUGCCUAACACUGGUUGCACUUUACCCUCUGGGCAUACACUCCGAGUGAAGAAGACAUACUUGAGCAAAACGCUGACAGAUGAGGAGGCCAAAGUUAUUGGGAUGUCACAGUAUUAUUUUCAUGUGAGGAAGGCUAUUGACAACAUCCUCAGACACCUGGACAAGGAGGUGGGACGCUGCAUGAUGAUGACUAAUGCUCAGAUGUUGAACAAGGAGCCUGAGGACAUGAUCACAGGUGAAAGGAAGCCCAAGAUUGACUUGUUCAGGACGUGUGUCGCUGCCAUUCCUCGCAUCCUGCCUGACGGGAUGUCCAAGCCAGAGCUCAUAGACCUGCUCUCUCGAUUGACAAUCCACAUGGAUGAUGAGUUGCGACUCAUAGCCCAGAAUUCCUUGCAAAGUCUACUGGUGGAUUUCUCUGACUGGCGUGACGAUGUCCUGUUUGGAUUCACUAACUUCCUGUUACGUGAGGUCCAAGACACUCACCAGGGACUGUUAGAUACAUCCCUCAAAUUACUGCUGCAACUGCUCACACAGUGGAAACUAACCCUGACCACCCCAGGGAAGAGCUGUGACACUGCUAAAAUACACACUGCUGAGCUGCUGCAGACCAGCUCAAGUCUCAAGAUACCUGCAGAGCGCGGCCCUCACUCCACUGUGCUGCAUGCUGUAGAGGGACUGGUACUCGUACUGCUCUGCUCCUGUCAGCUGAGCACCCGUAGACUCGCCAUCGCCAUACUCAAAGAGAUACGAAGUCUCUUUAUGACCAUCGGACAAUCUGAGGAUGAUGAUAAACCAAUGAUAGAGAUUAUGGACCAGCUCAGCCCUGUAAUCCUGGAAAGUUUUGUCAACGUUGCAGUCUCUGACACAGCUGCCCUGCCAGCUGGCCACCACGUGGACCUUCAGUGGCUCGUGGAGUGGAACGCGCUGCUCGUCAACAGUCAUUAUGACAUUAGGAGCCCCUCACAUGUGUGGCUCUUUGCCCAGUCUGUGAAGGACCCCUGGGUGCUGUGUUUAUACAGCCUCCUCCGACAGGACAACCUGCCCAAGCACUGCCCCACAGCUCUCAGCUAUGCCUGGCCCUACGCCUUCACUCGAAUGCAGACACUCAUGCCCCUGGUAGACCCAAACAAUCCAGUGUAUGCGAAGAAGACCAGCACGUCUGGCAGUGGGGACAAUUACGUAACGCUAUGGAGAAACUACCUGAUCCUUUGCUUUGGGGUGGCCAAGCCCAGUAUCAUGAGCCCCGGCCAUCUGAGAGCAUCGACACCUGAGAUCCCGGCCUCCACGCCUGACAGCGGUGUCAUCUACGAUAACAAGGUGAUCGGGAGCCCAUCUGUGGCUUGGCUUCUGAAGCAGUUGGUUCCACUGAUGAGGGCAGAGAGCAUCGAGUUGACAGAGUCAUUAGUUCUGGGCUUUGGUCGCACCAAUUCCCUUGUAUUCAGGGAACUUGUGGAAGAGCUGCAUCCCCUUAUGAAAGAAGCGUUAGAAAGAAGACCUGAGAACAAGAAGCGGCGUGAACGACGAGACCUGCUGAGACUGCAGCUGCUGCGGAUCUUUGAGCUGCUGGCUGAUGCAGGUGUCAUCAGUGACAGUACAAACGGAGCUCUGGAACGUGACACCCUCGCCCUGGGCGCUCUGUUCCUGGAGUAUGUGGAUCUAACCCGGAUGCUCCUGGAAGCUGAGAAUGACAAAGAUGCAGAGAUCCUCAAGGACAUCCGAGCUCACUUCAGCGCAAUGGUGGCCAAUCUCAUCCAAUGUGUACCAGUGCACCACAGGCGCUUCCUGUUUCCACAGCAGAGCCUGCGGCAUCACCUCUUCAUCCUCUUCAGUCAGUGGGCCGGUCCUUUCAGCAUCAUGUUCACCCCUCUGGACCGCUACAGUGACAGGAAUCACCAGAUCACAAGAUAUCAAUAUUGUGCCCUAAAGGCCAUGUCUGCUGUGCUGUGCUGCGGGCCUGUGUUUGAUAAUGUUGGCCUCUCUCCAGACGGAUACCUCUAUAAGUGGCUGGAUAAUAUACUAGCCUGCCAGGAUCAGCGGGUACACCAGCUUGGCUGUGAAGUCGUCAUCCUGCUCCUGGAGCUUAAUGCCGACCAGGUCAACCUAUUCAACUGGGCUGUGGAUCGCUGCUACAUAGGCUCCUACCAGCUCGCUUCAGGCUGCUUCAAAGCCAUUGCUACAGUCUGUGGCAGCAGAAACUACCCAAGCGACAUAGUAACACUACUGAAUCUGGUCCUCUUCAAGGCAUCAGGCACCAACAGAGAAAUCUAUGAGAUUUCAAUGCAGCUAAUGCAGAUUCUUGAAGCUAAGUUGUUUGUGUACUCCAAGAGGACUGCAGAGCAGAAGCCAAACAGUAUCCUCUACGGCACCCAUGGUCCACUGCCUCCUCUGUACAGUGUCUCCCUGCCUCAGCUCUCCAGCCAGUUGGCCAGAAUGUACCCUGAACUCACACUUCCUCUGUUCUCAGAGGUUAGCCAGAGGUUUUCCACCACUCAUCCGAAUGGGAGGCAGAUCAUGCUAACCUACCUCCUGCCCUGGCUCGGUAACAUCGAGCUGGUGGAUAGCGGCCUGCUGCUCCCAGUCUUCACACCGUGCACCUCAGAUUAUGACGCUUCUAGCCGGACGACCAGCACAGGUUCGUCCCACCAGCUGAAGGGCACUGGCUGGGGCUCCUUACAGGCCACAUCUAUGGUGCUCAAUAACCUCAUGUUUAUGACCGCCAAGUAUGGAGAUGACCUACCUGGACCAGAGAUGGAAAACGCCUGGAAUGCUUUAGUCAGCAAUGAGAAGUGGAGCAACAAUCUGAGAACCACACUGCAGUUUCUCAUCAGCUUAUGUGGUGUCAGCAGUGACACCACCCUCCUGCCAUAUAUCAAGAAGGUGGUGAUCUAUCUGUGCCGGAACAACACCAUGCAAACCAUGGAGGAGUUGAUAUUUGAGUUACAACAAACAGAUCCAGUCAACCCUGUGGUGCAGCACUGUGAUAGCCCUCCUUUUUAUCGCUUCACUGCCACAAGCAAGGCCUCCACAGCAGCUUCAGGCACCACAUCAAGCAGCAAUACUGUUGUUGCAGGCCAGGAGAGCUUCCCUGACACAGAUGAUACCAAGACUCUAAAGGAGAAUGAGGAGAGGCUUAGCCACAUAAUGCGAGCCCACAACCGCCUGGAAUCACGCUACAGCAACAGCUCAGGAGGAUCUUACGAUGAAGAUAAGAGUGAACCUCUGCCCCCCUAUGCUGAUUGGCUGAUGGUUGUCAUUGAGACCAACCAGCCCCAUCCUCUGCCCAUGCCUCUGAAAGGAGGAUGUUGGGCUCCACUGGUGGACUUUUUGCCAGAGACCAUCACUCCCAGAGGACCACUGCACAGGUGUAAUAUAGCAGUCAUCUUCAUGACAGAGAUGGUGGUGGACCACAGUGUGAGAGAGGACUGGGCCAUGCACUUGCCUUUACUGCUACAUGCCUUGUUUUUGGGCAUAGAUCACUACCGUCCAGAGGUGUUUGAGCACAGCAAACGUCUCCUCGUCCACCUGCUCAUCACGUUGUCCUGUAACAACAACUUCCAAGCCAUCGCCUCAGUCUUACUGCAGACACGUGAGAUCAACGGCACCAAGACCCUCACCUGCAAACCAAGUCUUCAGCCGGAGUAUUUACCUUCAGGAGGAUGUUUUGACUUCCUGCGGGAGUGUCAGGUGUCUCCUGUGCCAGACUCUGGUCUGAGUUCUUCUUCUACAUCGUCCAGUUUGAGUCUGGGAGGCAGCAGCAACAACCUGCCUGAGAUCUCACAUGAGGUGGAGCAGCUGGUGGCCUCCAAUAAAAUUGAUGAGAAGACUAACAAGCUCAUUGAGUUUUUGACCACAAGAGCAUAUGGAGCACUGUGGUGCCAUGAAGACAUUUCACCAAAGAACCAAAUUUCAAAAAGCACUGGGCAGCUGACGAACUUUCUGCGACAUGUGGUAUCUGUGUUCAAAGAGUCCAAGUCAGAUUUCCACCUGGAGCAGCAGCUCAGUGAUGUGGCGUUGCAGACGGCGUUGUGUAGUUCAUCACGUCACUACGCUGGCCGUUCCUUCCAGGUGUUUCGAGCCCUCCGCCAGCCCAUCUCUGCCCACGCUGUCUCCGACCUGCUCUCAAGGCUGGUGGAAGUUGUCGGUGAACAUGGAGAAGAAGUGCAGGGCUAUGUGAUGGAAGUAUUACUUACGCUGGAAUCUGUGGUGGAUAACUUGGCUGAAUGUCUCAAGAACAAUGAUCUCAUGGCUAUCUUGACGAGAGCCUCAUCUCCAGAUUUCCUCACCAGUUUCAAGCUGCUGUCCAACAGGAAGAGCACAGGACAGCUCAAUCUUAGAAGAGAAGAGAGGAGCCAACAUCAGAGGAGCUCUUCUGUCCCUAAGAAGUUUGGAGAGGCAGACAGGUGGUCUGAUCCACCUCGCAGCGCUACACUGGACCGUAUCCAAGCCUGUGAACAGCAGGUUUUGUUAGCCAAGACCCGCAGCUCGUCGUCAUCUAAAGACAACAUCACCGACCCAACCAACAUCAACCAUCCCAGCAACCUGCUGGCCACAAUCUUCUGGGUGGCAGUGUCACUGAUGGAGUCAGACUUUGAGUUUGAGUAUCAGAUGUCUUUGAAACUGUUGAAUAAGCUGCUGGGCCACAUGUCGCUAGACAAAACGGAGAACAGGGAGAAGCUGGAGAAACUGCAGAGCCAGCUUAAAUGGAGCAGCUUCACUGGGCUCCAGCAGCUGCUGCUGAAGGGCUUCACCUCCGUGUCCACCACUGACCUCACUCUCCAGCUCUUCUGCCAACUCACACCUGUGUCACGAGUGCCUGUAGUGGACACUUCACAAGCCAUAGGUUUUCCCUUGAAUGUUCUCUGCCUGCUCCCACAUCUUGUGCAGAACUUUGAUGGCCCCACGCAGUUCUGUCAAGAUGUUGCUGAAAGGAUAGCCCAGGUAUGCCUUGAGGAGAAGAACGCCAAGCUCUCCAACCUUGCCCAUGUCAUGACUUUGUAUAAAACACACUCCUACACACGAGACUGCUUCUCUUGGGUCAAUGUGGUGUGUCGAUAUCUUCAUGAAGCUUUCUCAGAUAUAACCCUCAACCUGGUCACCUACAUGGCAGAGCUGUUGGAGAAAGGUCUCCCCAGUAUGCAGCAGACCCUUUUACAAAUCAUCUACAGCCUCCUGAGUCACAUGGACUUGAGUGGAAUUCAAGCCAAACCCUUCAACAUGGAGGUGCUCAAGACAAUUGAGAAAUUUGUCCAGACUGUCCAGUGGGGGGAAGCGCUGAAUAUCCUGAAGCUGGUGGUUUCUCGAUCAGCCAGUUUGGUGCAGCCUUCGUCCCCACAAAGUGACCUCUCCUACGAGGACAUCAACCGUGUCUGGGACCGCUCCUCCAAGGCCUUGCCUGGGAAAACGUUGGAUUUCCACUUUGACAUAUCUGAGACACCGGUGAUUGGCCGGCGUUAUGAUGACCUGCAGCGUUCUCCAGGCCAAGAUGUGAGGAGCAGGACCACAGCAGUGACACGCAGCACCUCCUCUACCUCCUCUGGAUCCACUUCCAACAAUGUCCUGGUGCCAGUCAGCUGGAAGAGGCCUCAGUCUUCACAGAAAAGAACACGGGAAAAACUGGUGAAUGUAUUGUCUUUGUGUGGACAAGAAGUGGGGCUCACAAAAAAUCCUUCGGUGAUCUUCUCCAGUUGUGGCGAGCUGGACCUCAUGGAGCACCAGCCUAGCCUGGUGUCCUCCGACGAUGGGACACGGGAACCAGACAACAUGGACGACACCACCUCAGAGCAGCAGUUCAGAGUCUUUAGGGACUUUGACUUCCUGGAUGUGGAGCUUGAAGACGGAGAGGAGCUACAGGGAGAGACUAUGGACAACUUCAACUGGGGUGUGCGCAGACGCUCCAUGGACAGUCUGGACCGGAGUGACCUGCAGCCGCUGGAGGAGAGUCAGCUAUCCAGCAGCAUGCCCAGCCUCAGCAAGAUCACCCAUGAAGACUCAGACGAGUCGUCUGAGGAAGAUUCCCUCACCACCAGCCAAAUACUCUCCCACUCACAACUUAUUGUCAACCUCUCCCCAACAGCAGAGAUCAGUAACAUGGACUCUCCCUCCGCCUUUUUUGAUACAACAUCAGCUGAUUCAACUCCUCUGAACACCACAAAUCCUAGUUUCGAGGUCCAACUGCCAGAGGACUCGAAGCAGCGGUAUGAGGUGCCCCAAGAAGAUGAAGACACCAAUGUCCAUGAGGAUGACUUCUCUCUCCCCAUCAGUGAACUGCCCCCUGAAUUUUACUGUGGGGACAGUUUAACAAUGGACAUGGUUCACAUUGAUUACAAAGGAGAACUGGACAUUGACAGCUGCUUACCCAGUCUUGCCGAGGAGGAGAGAGAUGACAUGCUGGAGUCCCGUUCUUCACCGCCACCGUCACCCUUCUUCUCUGCCAUCCUCGCAGCUUUCCAACCAGUUGUAUGCGAUGAUGCAGAGGAGGCUUGGCGAAGUCACAUCAACCAGCUUGUGUCUGACUCAGAUGGAUCCUGUGCAGUCUACACUUUUCAUGUGUUUUCUUCACUAUUUCAGAGUAUCCAGACCAAAUUUUGUUCUUUGACCUGUGACGCUGUGAGUUACCUCGGUGAUGGUCUGAGAGGAUUAGGAUCAAAGCUUUUGAAGUCCUCUCAGAUGCUGACAUCAUGCUCAGAGUGCCCAACACUAUAUAUUGAUGCAGACACAAUUAUGACUUAUGGACUCCUGGAAAAAAUGAAAUUCAGCGUGCUGGAACUUCAAGAGUAUCUUGAUACUUACAACAACAGAAAGGAAGCAGCUCUCACUUGGUUGAGCAACUGUAAGGCCACUUUUCCCAGGAGUGCUGGAGGCACUGUGAUAACACGUCAACCAGCGGAGCAUGAGGAAAAGCAAAUGGAAUCUCUGGCUCAACUGGAGCUCUGUCAAAGACUCUACAAACUCCACUUUCAGCUGUUGCUGCUUUUUCAGUCCUACUGUAAGCUGAUUGAACAGGUCCAUGCAAUAAGCUCUAUUCCCAAGCUGACAAAUAUGUCCAGAGAGCUAAAUGAGUUGAAGAGCAACCUGAGGGUAGCAGCAGCCUCAGUGACGAAUGAUGAGAUUGCUGCCUGUGAGAGCUCCUGCUUUGAGCCCACCUUCAGCUCCUCUGAGGCUGCUGUGCAGGCCAUCCUGGAGUGUCUGAAGAACAACGAGUUUCCAACAGCCAUCCGCUACAUUCGUGAGUGCAGAACAAUGUGGCCUAACGACAUCUUUGGCAGCCACUCUGAGGAUGAGGUCCAGACCUUACUCAACAUCUACUUCAGACAUCAAACCUUGGGUCAGACAGGAACUUUUGCUCUGGUGGGCUCAAAACAGGACCUGACAGAAAUCUCUGUCAAGUUGAUGGAACUUAACCGGGAGAUUCGGGACAUGAUCCGGCGAGCCCAAGGCUACAGAGCCAUCACAGCUUUCCUCCCAGACUCUAGGGUUUCAGGCUCAACUCUUUGAUGGCGGCCUGGCAGCGUAUGACACCUGCUCCUGCACAGCACCCUGUCCCCUGCCUAGCCUCUGGUCCUGUCUGGGGUUGCUGCUAUCAUCUCAGUGGUUAACAAGCCCUCUGCUCUCACCUGGGAAUAACUAAACCCCCUUUCCUCUUCUUGCUCAGAGCACAUCAGAAUGUCAUUAAGUCAGAUGUGCAGCAAUACUGUUGUUUUUUUAGAAAGAUGAGAGACUUUGCUGUUUCAAAGAAACUUAGGCUUUUAUUGCACUAAUAAUAGAAAUUGUCACAAAGCGACCACUUGCUACUGAGGUCAAUAACUUUCACAUUUAACAAAUGACAUACCAAAGCUAAAUGAUUCUCUUUCAGUUAUGUUGUUUUAAAUGUCAAGGGAAAAUGUGCAAUCCUUCACAAAAGUGGAAGACUUUUACUGUAACCUGAAGAAUGUAUUUGAAUAUCAUAGCAUUGGAAAACAUUAACAUUGUUAGUACAGAAAAAGGGAGGCUUCAUUACUUGGUUAAAGGAGUGCGUCUUUGAGUGUGUGUGUGUGUGUGUGUGUGUGUGUGUGUGUUUCAUGUUCUUAUAUCCUGAUGGAGACAUGUGUCACCAUGGGGACAAAAAUUUAGGUCCCCACGGGUAGAGACUGCUUUUUGAGGGUUAAGACUUGGUUUUAGGAUGCAGGUUACAAUUAGGUUAGGGUAAGGGUUAAGGUUAGGCAUUUAGUUGUAAUGGUUAAGGUUAGGGUAAGGGGCAAGGGAAAGCAAUAUGUCAAUGACUGUCCGCCACAGGGAUAGUGAAAUAAACUUGUUUGUGUGUGGGUGUGUUGUGUAUGGGUGCUUGAGCGUGUGAUAAAAACCUGACGACCAUCACAGAUGGAAUUAUGGAUACUGAUUUAUAUAAAUUGUUCACAUUUAACUACUAAGACAUGCUGCAAAACUACUGUAAUGUCUCCCAAACCUACACUACAUGCUGCUGUGUGGGUUAUCUGUUACUUAAAACAUCUUACUGUACCUUUUAACUGUGCAGCUUUUUGCAAUUAGCUAAAUUAUUUAUAUUAUUUGCAAGAGAAAAACUUGCUUUUAUCAGACUAGAUUCAUAGAAAACAAAUAUUUUGUUUCAUCUGUUAAACCUGCCAAGCUUGCAAAUUCUAUGUACUAUAAAGUGUAAUAGUAAUGUUUAUGAACAAAUACAGAAACUAUUUUAACUGAAUAAUUGUACAUAGUACAAUGGGGGCUUUGCUUAGACUCAUGAGAUUGUAUUUUUAUGAACUUGAGUUGCAUGUAGAGUGAAAGAGAUAGCUACAUACUUGUAAAACCGUUGGUGUAGCCUCUCGCCUUGUAAAUACUACUGCCUUUGCAAUGUACUGUACUUUGGUGUUCUGUACACUUAUGUAACAAGAAAAAUAAAACUGAUAUUUGCUAA